AGCUCCCCUUUUGCCGCGCGCCGGGGCCCGAGUGGGGCUCGCACGGCCGCGGGCUCUGGCCGGCGCGCAGCGGGUGGGCGGUGUCCGGAGCCGGGGCGGGGGGCGCCAUGGUGCUGUGCCCGGUGCUCGGGAAGCUGCUGCACAAGCGCGUGGUGCUGGCCAGCGCCUCCCCGCGCCGCCAGGAGAUCCUCAACAACGCGGGCCUGCGGUUCGAGGUGGUGCCCUCCCGCUUCAAGGAGACGCUGGACAAGGCGUCCUUCCCCGCGCCCUCCGCCUACGCCGUGGAGACGGCCAAGCAGAAGGCCCUCGAGGUGGCCCAGCGCCUCUACCAGAAGGACCUCAGGGCCCCGGAUGUGGUCAUCGGAGCCGACACCAUUGUGGCCCUGGGCGGGCUCAUCCUGGAGAAGCCGGUGGACAAGCAGGACGCCUACCGCAUGCUGUCCAGCCUGAACGGGAAGGAGCACAGUGUCUUCACGGGCGUGGUCAUCGUCCACUGCCGCAGCUCGGAUGGCCGGCUGGACACGGAGGUGUCCGAGUUCUUUGAGGAGACGCGGGUGAAGUUCUCUCAGCUGUCGGAGGAGCUGCUGUGGGAUUACAUCAACAGCGGGGAGCCCAUGGACAAGGCGGGCGGCUACGGCAUCCAGGCGCUGGGCGGGAUGCUGGUGGAGCGAGUGCACGGCGACUUCCUCAACGUGGUGGGCUUCCCGCUCAACCACUUCUGCAAGUGUCUGGGCGAGCUCUACCUGCAGCGCCCCCUGGAGGACGCCCCCUGCGCCCCGCCGCCGCCGCCGCAGGGCGCCCCGGGGGGCCUCGGCCACGUGGGCGGGGCCCCCUCGGACCUCGGGCCUGGCCAGGCGACGCAGGAGGCAGCGCGGAACGGGACCCUGGACGUGCCGCCCCCGUUCCCCUCCGGCCUUAUGGAACUCAUCGACGGCUUCAAGGCUUCCAAGGCCCUUUUCACAGCCUGCAAGCUCGGCGUGUUCGAUCUACUGCACGACGCAGCCCCGCAGACGGCCGAGGCGCUGGCCCGCAGAACCGGCGCCUCCGUGGGCGGCCUGGGGCGGCUGCUGGAUGUCUGCGCGGCCCUGGGCGUGCUGGAGAAGGCGGACAAAGGCUACAGUAACUCAGCGUGCGCCAGCCAGCACCUGCGCUCGGAGGGCGAGUACUCGCUGCACAGCUACGUCCUGCACAACCACGAACACACGUGGGACCAGUUCACGCACCUGGAGGCCGCCGUCCGCACGGGGGCCCCCCAGACGCCCAGCGCCUCCGGGGGGGAGGCGGAGAAGGCCUGUGUCCCCCCGCAGGGCGGCUGCUCCCCGCGCUUCCUGCGGGCCAUGCACGGGCUCAGCAAACUGACCGCCCGGCUGGUGGCCCAGGCCCUGGACCUGAGCCCCUACGCCUCGGCCUGCGACGUGGGAGGCGGCACCGGGGCCCUGGCCCAGGAGCUGGCCCGGGCGUCCCCGCGGCUGACGGUAACGGUGUUCGACCUGCCCGAGGUCGUCCAGCACGCGGAGGGGGUGCAGCCCGCCGGGCCGUGGACGGAGCGGGUCAGCUUCAGAGCCGGCGACUUCUUCCAGGACGCCCUCCCCCAGGCCGACCUGUACGUGCUGUCGCGGGUCCUGCACAACUGGGCCGAUGACCGCGUCCACUCCCUGCUGAGCCGCAUUGCCCGCAGCUGCCGGCCAGGCGCCGGCCUGCUGCUGGUGGAGUCCCCGCUGGACGAGGAGAAGCGGGCGGCGCGGGCCGGCCUGCUCCAGUCCCUGGACGCGCUGACGCGGACCCUGGGGCGCGCGCGGACGCCGUCCGAGUACCGACUCCUGCUGCGCGCUCACGGCUUCGGGGACGUGCGCACGCUGCCCACCGGGGACUCCGUGCUGGCGCUGCUGGCCACCAGGACCGGGGCGUGAGGACCCCCUCCCCGCCACCACCCACACCCACCCCACCGCGUCUCCGACGCGCGCGCGCGCGCACACGCACGGUGGAUUAAAGACUCAGAGUGACGCAGCGGCUGCGCUUUGGUUCCCUGGAAAGUCUUGUCUGCUUCUGGUCACUGUCGAGAGAGAGAACGACCAGGGAGGGAGACUGGGCCCCCCGGCCCCCUCCCCUGCGCUCCCGCGUACCUGGGAGGGCGCAGUGCAGGGGCCGCAUGCGCACGGCACCCGGUGCCAACCCCCGGGACGCACAAGGAAACGCAGCCAGGACCCACUGCCCGCCGCCCCAGCUGCCCUUGGCCUGCCAUGCCUCAGAGUGUGUCAGGGGCCGGCCCACAGCCGGGCGGGCUGGGCCGGGCAAGGAGGGGGAGGUAGGUGCUAUUUGUGGCUGGGACACAGUGUCCCCGCAGGACGCUGCCCAGUGGACACCGGGCACCUCGGCACACAGCUCUGGGGGGUGCACCCAGCGGACGGGCAGACGGCGCAGAACCUAAGUUCCCCUGUGAGCGGAACCGCCGGGGACAGCUACCUGCAAGGACUCUCUCUCCUGCACACAGAGUCGAUUCCCCCUCUCCGGUGGGUCUGAGAGGCAGGACAGCAGAGAAGGUGCUGGCCGGCACAGGGCCGACCUGGGGUCAGUCUCCAGAAACACCCCACAGGGCUCUCAGACCCCGCCAGGGCUCAGCCCCAAGCAUGGAGCUGGGAGUCGGCCCCGAGCACAGUGCUGGGAUUCAGCCCCGAGCACAGAG